CACCUGCCUGUCGCUGUCGCAUAUAUAACAGAUCCCGAUUGUCCAUAGCAUUAUCUACGCGCCAACUUAUCCAACAGUCCUUUCAACCUUCAAAACACAAUACUUCGCCUACUAUAUAAUGUCUGAUAACGUUGGUCUCAAUACUCCCCGUGGCAGCGGCACCUCGGGCUACGUCCAACGCAACCUUGCUCAAAUCAAGCCUCGCGACUACGGCGCUCCUUAUCCCAAAGAUCUCGAUAGCUUGCGACAUAAGCAACGGCAGCCGGACAAGGGGAUCCUGGAACAUGACCGCAAGCGCGAGGUCGAAGUUAAGGUCUUCGACUUGAGGGACAAGCUUGAAGAAGAAGAGGUCGACGAAGACGAGAUCGAUAGGCGAUGUGACGAGCUCCGACAAAAACUCCUCGCCGAGAUGAAUUCUGGAAGGAGAGGCGGCCAAAGAAAGACAUUCAAGCAACACCAGGUUCACGAGAUGGCUGAUGCCAAGAUCAAGGAGAGCGAACGACUACGGAAAGCAUUGAAGAUCAGUGCAGACUAUGAAGAGGGAGGUCAUUGGAAGCGCCAAGAAGAGAGGCUACGCAAUGCUAUGGAGAAGGAAGAGGAAAAGGAUGAAGGCGACGAUAGGAAAAGCGAACCAAGAGAUUAGGUCGACCACCGAACUCAAAGCGCAUCAACCACAAUGUUAUCGGAAUUCGUGUUCUGAGGGGAAAUGCAGAGCUUUUGGUAUUCAGGCAAGGCAAUUGUCAAGCAUCUGGCGGUCUAUCAUGCUUGGUCUGGGAUUGGCCAUUUCUCUCGAAGUUAUCCAUCCAUUUAAUAUGGAAAGAAUGGGCAAAUAAGCAUCGGGUCCGGGAUAGUUUAAUCGUUAUGAUCCUGCUCAUUUUCAAGUGGCGCAUGGCGUUUAGGUAUUGGGACUGAGACCCAAUUCGCAUUGUAUAGGGUAGGGUAUUUAACACCGACGACGGGCUUUUGUCCCUUGAAAGAAUGAUUCAUAAAGUCCCGCUGGGCUCUGUAUGACAUUGUGUGCCUAUUGUGGUGAUUCUGGUCUUUUUUUUUAUGGGGGUCACUGUAUUUUGUCUUUGCCUUGACUCUGCGAAUGAUAAAGGUUACUCGAAUGUGAGCU